GGACAUCGGGAAAACAAAAGCCAGUCAUGGAUUCUCCGGCGAAUCCUUUUGAAUCUCGAGAGCAAGAUACAGUAACUAUUUCGCGAAACCUGAUCAAGCAAGCUAACGUAGAAGGAGAAGUCUCUGAAGCUUUCGAGACACAUUCUGUUCCUGACAAAAUCCGAAUUCUAGAGUCAGUGUUAAACGAAAUGAGGAAAUCGCAGGAAGCUGAGGAGGUAGAUGGUAGUGAUCAGAAACUAGAAAUGUCGAUUGAGAAAGACGAGAUUGAUACUGUAGAUUCAAAAGCCACGAGCUUUUCUUUUAGUUGUCACGGUGGUGGACCCAAGCGGAAGAAAGGGAACGAUAAGAAACGUAAGCAGCAAGAAGAGAAGUCUAAGGAGAAGCUCAAGGUACUUGUUGAAAACUUAAAGCUUGUACCCUUCAAGCCAUUUAAAACCCUAGAUUUUGCUCGUUAUGAGUGUCUCUUGAAGACUCUUGGUCUGUGGGAUUUUGUGCAUUUGGAAUUUGAUCAGGAUAUGGAUUAUGAUCUUGUGGCUCAACUUAUUGCUUACUAUAGUGAUGUGGGUAGGUGUAGUUAUAUAAAUGGGUCUAGGAUUAAACUGAGUCGUGCGGAUUUGGCUCGAGCUUUGAAGUUGCCUAAUAAGAAAGAACGUGUUGUCAUUCUAGAUGAGCUUUUGGAAUCAGAUGAAUCAAUCAGUUUUGUUGACGAAGUUGUCUCUAAUUGGAUGCUACUGCAUUGUGAUGAUGCGUGGAUGAUGCCAGAUAAGGUGGUGGAGUGGAAGAAAAGUAUAAAGGAAAAGCAAUUGGAUAAGCUUGACUGGGCUGGAUUGAUGUGGUUCAUGGUUGAAAAAGAGUUGAAAGCGGAGCCUCCACUGGGGGAUUGUUUCUAUGCGUCGCAUCUGCAGAUGGUGAUUAGAUCACAGAAAAUAGAUCUAUUUAGGGAGCAGGCCAGAGUGGAGGAUAGUGAUGUGAAGGUGGAGGAUUUGUUGAUCAAAUCUCCGGAAGCAGAUACACCGAGGGAACAGUCAAGAGUGGAGGAUGUUGAGGUUAAAGUGGGGGAUUUGAAGGUAAAGGAUGAUAUUUCUGCUUUGAAUCUAAGAAUGGAUGAUGGAGCUAGUGACUCAAAGGAAGAAAAGUGUGUGGAGGAAGGUAUGAUCGAACUGAAUCUUGGGAAAGUGACUGUGUCCGAAAUUGCUGCUGAGGAGGAGCAUCAUCAUGAGGAACAAGCAAUGGAUCUUGAGGAAAACAAGGAACAGCCAAAGGAUCUUCAGGAAACCAAGGAAGAAGGAGAUGGAAAAUGGCUUUUGAAUGAAGACAGCCAUGCUGGCUCACAUUUUCUUCAGGGGUGUGAUGUUGGUGGUGCUACUGUAGGAUAUGAAAGGAACAAGACAGGACAUAAGAAAGUGGGAGAGUAUGAACUUGAAGAUGAAAUUGAGAAAGAUGGAGAAAAGCACGACGGAGGGUUUUUGUUGUUUCCAAACGGUGAAACAGUACACCAGGAAAAUCUGAUGUUGGGAGAUACAUCUCCAUUAGGUUAUAAUUCUGGGCUACAGAUUCAUGGCAAUUCUACUGGUGAUUUCAUGAGAUCUAGGGCUGUCAUGCAUAUGGUUCCAGGUCGUUCUCACUUUGGGAAUGACAACAAGAGAGAGAUUGAUCACGAGAAUGAUAUUUCGUACCAUUUUGAUAACCCUGCUAGUACUAAGAGGUUGAAGACACCAUAUUGGGAUGACAAGCCAGUUUCUUUUGACGUGUGCAUGGAGCAGAUUAAGCACUUGGCAGAUAAGGCUAAGUUAUCAUAUGCCGAGAAAGACCGAGCUUGUGGAGAAUCGAAUAUGAGGGAACAAAUGUUGCUUAAUGAACUGCAAAGGAGGGAAGAAAUAAUUCAGCAAUUGCACAAGGAAACUUACGAAGAGCAACACAAGAAGGACGUAGAGAUAUAUAAGCUUGAGAAUGAACUUCGUAUGAUGACAAGUGUAUUAGCCUGGUACCAGAAAGCUUUAAAAGAAACACAGAAGGCAUGUAGAAAGCACAGGAAAGUUUGCCCUUUGCGUGAUAAACCGAUAUACAGAGAUGUUAAAGGUACUGGAGGUUUAGUAUUGAGCACUGCUGAAAUCGAGAAGCUAAGAUUGAAAGAAGAAAAAGAAGAGGGGAUGAGACGAGCUCUAAUAGAGAGACAAGUAGAAGAAUUUGGAAGUCUCUGGAUUAAAGAGUAUGAAGUGAACCUUAACAAAAAAGUAGAGCUGCUUGACGAGAAGCUGACCAGGUUCCAAAAUAAGGUGAACCUCUUGAAAGAGAUAGUUUCAAGACGUGAAUCUAUACCUGGAAGAUUUGAUGCAACAUCAAACACUUGAGAAGGUACUUUUCUCUUUUAAACUCAAAACUUUGUUACUCAGUUAGUGUUGCUCACACAGUUAUGUAAAUAAUCUAUGGACGAUUGAAUGGACGAAGAGAGCCUGAGUCUUGUUUAAUAAGUCCUUAUUGAGAUU